AUGGAUGGAAAAAUAAGACUAGCAAGUAUUCAUGAGUUAAAAGAAAUUUUUAUAAAAGAGUAUACUGAAUAUAUAAAACUACUUAAAAAUAUAGAAUUAUAUUAUCAAAAGUUACAAUUAAAUUGGUUCAAAUUUCAUUUAUUUUAUGAACCUAAUAAAAAUGACGAUUUUGCAUAUUAUAAAGAAGUAAAAGAUAAAAAGAAAAAUGGAAAAAAAAGUAGGAGCUAUUGUAGUUAUAAGGCUAUUGAAGAAGAUUUGAAAGUUAUUAAACAAAAAGAAAAACAAAAUAACUGUUAUUAUUUUAAAACUUUUAGAAAAUCUUUUAUUUUAUACACUUUAAGGGAUAUAACUAAUUCAGUUGAAUUGUAUUUAAACAUUAAAAUAGAAUCAAUGAAUAAAUUAAAAAAAAAUGUAUUAACUGAUAUUAACAAUUUUUGUAGGGAAGAAAUAAAAAAAAUUAUAUUUCUAAUAAUUUUGUGUGAAUUAAAAUUAAAUAAUUUACUAAUUAGUCAAAGGAAAACUGAUGAUAACAAUAAAUUAAAUACAAAAAUAAUAAAAAAUAUAAUUGAAUGUUGCAAAAAAGUUAUCCAUGAAAUUACAAAAAACUUAAUUCCACAUUUUCUACUAUUUAAUAUAUUUUCCUCUCCAAAUUAUUUUAAUUAUCAAUUUAAUUAUUUCGAUAAUUUUAUUGAAAGCAUUGAAAAGUAA